AUGGUCAAAACAUCGUAUGAAAUAUAUUUACUCCUGGCUAAAAAGAAAAAGCCGUUUUCUGAUGGGGACAUUAUAAAACAGAGUUUGACAAUUUUUGCGCAGAACUGCAAUGAUCAAAAGGUUAUAGCCAUGGCAGAUAGUAUUUCACUUUCGCGCAACACAGUAAUGAGGCGAGUAGAAGAAAUGUCAAUAGAAAUUAUCAGCCAAAUUACAGAGUUUGUCACUAAAUGCAGAUAUUUUUCACUUGCAUUGGACGAAACCUGCGAUUUAACAGGUAUGGCGCAGUUAUCUGUUUUUGUACGCUGUAUUGAUGACAAUUUUAAUAUAUUUCAAGAUUUAUUGGACCUCUGUCAACUUGAAACUACUACCAUAGGAAAGGAUAUAUUUAUGAAAGUUAAAGAUUGCGUUGAGGGUAAGAACCUAAACUGGGAUAAAUGCAAUUCAGUUUGCACUGAUGGAGCACCUGCGAUGAUGGGGAAAGCGAAUGGUACUGUGGCUUUGCUGCAAAAUUACAUCGGUCGACAAUUGUUUUCUUAUCAUUGUAUUAUCCAUCAAGAAGCUUUGUGCGCUAAAGACAUGACGUUCGAGGAUGUGAUUGACCCAGUAGUACGUUGUAUUAAUUUCAUACGUGCCAGAGCAUUUAACCGCCGAGAAUUCAGAAUGUUGUUUGAAGAAGAAAUUAAACAAUACGGCGAAUUACAUCUCUAUUGCGCUGUUCGCUGGUUAUCCAAGGGCGAAAUGGUGAAACAUUUUUAUGAUUUGAGGGACCAGGUUCUGGAUUUUCUGGAGGAAAAACAAGCAUUACCAGCAGAGAGAGCUCUGCUUAAAAAUUCUUCUGCUUUGCGAUCUUGCAUUUGUAGUUACCAUUAUGAAGUACCUUAA